UUCCCUCCUCGGCAAUUGCUCCUGGGAACCAGCAACAAUUCUCCGUGUCUGUGUGUGGUGUUAAGGCAGCAACAGGAACACUCGCAGGUUUGGGAUUAAACUCUCCGAUACAAACUUCUGCACCAUUCCUGGUGCGGGUGUCUGCUGAUCCGAGGCAGGUUGAUGCUUCUGUCCCGCCCAUGUUGGUCACCUUGAGCAUCCUGUGUGGAAAACACCAAAGUGGAUGUCUUGAACCAUGAAUGUCUUGGGAUCUCCAACAAGGCAAUCCAAUGGAGUGGCUAGAUCGGACAGCAAGAUCAGCGCCAAAGCCCUCUUUGAGCAGAGGAAAAAGUAUUCCAACUCCAAUUUUAUUAUGCAUGAGACGUCCCAGUAUCAUGUUGAGCAUCUCUCCACCUUCAUCAUGGACAAGACCGAGUCCAUCGUUACUGUGGACGACGCCAUCAAGAAACUUGCCCUUCUUGAUUCAAAAGACAAAAUCUGGACCCAGGAAAUGCUCCUGCAAGUCACUGAUAAGGCAGUCAGGUUGCUGGACUGUGAUACACAGGAAGAGCUGGAAAACUUCCCUCUUACUACAAUCCAAAUGUGUCAGGCCGUACUGAAUCAGACACGAUACCCCUCCGUGUUGCUACUGGUGUGUCAGGACAAAGAGCAGCACAAGCCUGACAUUCACUUUUUCCACUGUGACCAGGUGGAGGCUGAAUUGGUUCAUGCAGAUAUAGACAGUGCCCUCGGAGACAACAAAUAUGGCAAGAAAAUGAGGCUGCAGACACUCAAAAUUAACCAGGAGAAAAUGAAGAGUCACAGAGAGACCAUCCUUCCCCAGUCGCCCCAUAAGGGCCCCCCUCUUGCGAAGGGACGUGUUGCUGCUCCAAACCCACAAGACAGACGAACCUCUGGACACAAUGACCCAGAGACGCAUGAAAGGUUGGCCCAACGCAUUGAGAAGGAUGUGCAAAUCCUCAACUGUGCCCUGGACGAUAUUGAGAUUUUUGUGGCGCGGGUGCAAAAAGCAGCUGAAGCCUUUUCCCAGCUCAACCAGCGCAACAAGAGUAAGAAGAAUAAGAAGAAAGGACCAGCAGAGGGCAUGUUGACCCUGCGAGCCAAGCCCCCCACUGAGGAAGAGUUCAUUGAUAGCCUGCAGAAACUCAAGCUAGCCUUCAACCUCUUGGCCAAACUGAAGAAACACAUCCAGAACCCAAGUGCAUCAGAGUUGGUACAUUUCCUCUUUGGCCCUUUGGAACUGGUGCUGCAAAGUUGUGGAAGUCCUGAGCUGGCGCGUUCGAUCAUCUCUCCCCACCUCUCCAAAGACGCUGUUGACUUCUUGCGUGGUCACCUGACCCCAAAAGAAGCCACCAUCUUUGAGCUUCUUGGGGAAGGCUGGACCAAACCAAGAGCUGAGUGGCCGAGGGAUCAGUGUGCUCCUCCUUACUAUCCCAAGUUCCGCAAUGGUUGGGAACCUCCAGCUGAGCUCUUCAAGUCGGCCCCAUGGGAAACAGAGGGUCCCAAUGGGCCUCUGGGUUCCCCCAUCAGCCCUGACUACAGGAAGCACUCAGCUGAAGAUUUUUAUGGAACACAUUCCUCAAACUCAUCCAAUGGAUCAUAUAAUGGGAUGCCCCCCACCCGAAAAUAUGCCAAAAUCCGCUACCACUUUGUAGCGCGGAAUGCCAACGAGCUGUCAGUGCUGCAGGAUGAAAUUCUAGAGGUGAUAGAGGAUGACAAACAGUGGUGGAAACUACGGAAUCGUAGCGGCCAAGCAGGCUACGUCCCCUACAACAUCCUGGAUGUUGUCAAGAUAGAAGAGCCUGAUGGCAUUUACAGCCAGCAUGGCUAUAGUGCAUCAUCCCCAGGUUCCCUCAGCCCAAGUGAUAGUUUCAGCAAAGGUCGACACAAAGACAAAAUGAUGGAUGAGGUCAACAAUGAGCUUCUCAUGAUGAUCACCGCUAACAAAAGCCAGCCACCCACCAGGAAGUUUCGUGUGGAGCGAGCAGCCGCCAGUCAAGUGCCACUCACUUACAACUCCAGUCCAGAACAAGUCAAGACUUGGCUCAGCGAAAAGGGAUUCUCUAAGCCGACAGUGGAAUGUUUGGGCAUCCUGACUGGAGCUCAGCUCUUUUCUCUCAACAAAGAUGAGCUGAAGGCGGUGUGUGGUGACGAAGGUGGUCGUGUCUACUGUCAGAUAACUGUGCAGAAGACACAAAUAGAGAAGACGAAUGGGGACUCUGAGCUUCAGGAGAUCAUGAAACGCAGACAGGAGCGUAUUGACUCAGGCAGCACAGACUGAAGCUUCACAACGUCCUCCCUUACAAUUUCAUAAUCAAUCUGCUGCAUUAGGACAUACAUAACAAAGCAUAUUCACAUGUUGUACACAUUUUAAUUGUAUAUUUAUUUUCUAUCUCUCAAAAGUGGAUGUAUUCAAACUAAUUUGUUGUCGCUAAUGUUUCAAUGUGUGUGGACAAACAAAUGUCUUAUGUACAGUUUUAUGUGUGUGUGUGUGUGUGUGUGUGUGGGACAUGCAUGUGCAGUACAGUAUGUGAUUGUAGAGGCAUUGUGGUCCAUGUUGAUGCUUUUUUUUGUCCAUAUCGCUAAUGGUACAGUUUACUUUGAACAUGCAAACAAUUUACAUAGCAGUACAUCACGUUUACACUUGCACAAUUCAACAUGUCUGAGAAGUAAUAUUGCAGCUGUUAAGCAAAUAGGAGCUUGUUGCAUAAUUUGUGCCAGGAUGUUUGACAUUUUCUGCGAUGUAGCCAAUGAUUUGAAUAUUAGUGUUUACAGUGGGAAUACAUGAAACACUGCUAACAGAAAUAUUAUCAUCCUUCUUAUUAUUAUCGUCCCUUUUGACAAUCUGACUUAGUAUUGACUAAAGAUGUAUUACGUCGAUGUUGUUCAAGUGUUGCGGAGUGGACAGGAAGGGUCAGGGUUGCCACAAUUACCCUUUUUGUUUUUUGUGAAAGUUAAAAUACGGGAAAUUUACAGGAAAUGAAUAAAGCGGUAAACCAAGCGUUGACAGGUGUGACCCAAUUUCAAGUCCAUAAUCACAGAGAAAUGUACAACAAUUCUGAAUGGAGUGUAAAAUCUCGUGAAAUUGUGGUUGUUAUCAUUGUUGUGUUGUAUUUAGGGAACCAAAAUAUCAAAGUACAUUUUCCCAAAACUACAUUGUUCUGGCAUUUUAGAUGAUGGAAUUAAAUGGACUGUACAUAUGAUGCAAAAUGACCUGAUUAAAAGUUGGUAAAUGUGUGAUACCAAAUAGUAG